AUGCUUUCUAUAGAAGAAAUUCGUGCCCUCGGAGAACCUUCUGCCGAAUUCAAACCGGCAAGUCGACCGUACAAUCUACCAAACUUUCCUCUAACACACACUUCUAACGAUAAUCAGAUACUCGAAUCUGGCAACCCCCUCCUCGGGGCAUUCACCCACGAAACUAACAUUCAUGAAAUACGAGCCGCUAUAGCCCAAUCUCGUCAAGCCCAGAAAAAGACCGAACCUUCUCAUCUCCCGUACACAGAAAAAGACAUUAAAAUACCUCUUCGAGAUGGCCGUACAACAACCGCUCGUAUAUAUACGCCCCGUGACGUACCCGCAGACUGUUGUCCCGGCAUGAUAGUCUUCCACGGCGGAGGCUACAUGGUUGGCGAUUUAGAAACCGAGGCACACUUGUGUGAGUGGUUCACAAAACUGGGCGGCAUCGCCGUGAAUGUGGACUAUAGACACGCACCAGAGCAUGUGUUUCCAGCGGCGAUUGAGGAUGCGUUUGAUGCCACGAACUGGACGGCGGGCAACGCCGAGUCUUUGGGCAUCAACCCUGCAAAGGGGCUCGUCAUAGCCGGAGAGUCCUCCGGCGCAGACAUGGCGUUAGUUGUGGCACAUCUUUGCAAGGACUCCAACAUGUCACCGCCUCUUUCAGGAAUCUAUGCGGCCAUGCCGGCAGGUGCUACGAGGGAGACUGUCCCUGAGAAAUAUCGAGAGGCAUUCUUCAGUAUGGAGCAGAAUUCGCGGGCGCCGGUGCUGUACGCCGAGUCUGUGGACUUUGUACGGAAGACCUACAAAGCCGAUUUGACCAGCCCGCUCCUAUUGCCGAUAUCUUUCUCGGAUCACACGGGUCUGCCCAAGACUUAUUUCCAAGUUUGUGGGCUUGACCCCACGAGAGACUGUGGUCUAAUCAUGGAGCAAGUUUUUAAAGACGCGGGUGUUCAUACAAAGAUUGAUGUGUAUCCCGGGGUUCCGCAUGCGUUUUGGGUACUAUUCACCGAGCUGGAAGCCACCAAGAAGCAGAACAGAGACGCAGAGACGGGACUGCAAUGGCUUUUGAUGAAAGAAUAG